UUUUAGAGGUUAACGUGAGCGCGAUCGUAAAACUUGAAAAAUAUUUACGAGCGAUUUGAAGUUUAGCGGGCAAGAUUAAAUGUCUUGAUAAAAUUAUUACUUAAGAGAUAAUAUUACGACACAAUUUAUCAAACGUUGUAAGAUUACAUGAAAUUAAAAUCAGUACUAAAUAACGAUUUAACGGUAUAAGUAUAAUCGUCGUAUAAAUAUAUAUAGCGAAUUAUAGAUUGAUCUUUGGUGAUAGUAUAAACAUUAUUAUUAUUAUUUAAUUAAUUAACAAAUUUUUAUUUGAAAUAAAUAAAAAAAUCAACUUAAUACCAAAUAAUAUAUUUUUUUUUUUUAUAUCUUGUUCUUACCUAAUAUAUCGUCAUUAUAAAAGGCCUAUAAGAAAAUUCUGAAAUCAAUAAAAUAAAUAUUAAUUAUGUCCUCUAAACAUUCAAUAAAUACUGGCAAUACUAUAUUGGAUGAAAAGAUCAAUGAAUGGUUACAAUGGAAUCAGGAUUCAAUAGCUGAGAAAGAAAUUGAGAAUAUUAUUAAUAAUGAUGAUGUCCAACUAUUAUCUAAUCUUUUUCUUAAAAGAUUAGAAUUUGGUACUGCCGGUCUUCGAGGUCGAAUGGGUCCAGGAUAUAGUCAAAUGAACGAUUUAGUAAUUGUACAAACAGGUCAAGGCCUGACAAAAUAUUUACUUAGUACUAUGCCUAAUUUAUUACAACAAGGUGUUAUAAUAGGAUAUGAUGGUCGUCAUAACAGUAAAAGAUUUGCAGAAUUGACAGCAGCUAUUUUUAUAGCAAAUAAUAUUAAAGUUUAUUUAUUUUCUAAAGUUUGUCCAACGCCGUUUAUACCUUAUGGUGUAUUACAAUAUAAAUGUGCAGCUGGAAUUAUGAUAACUGCAUCUCAUAAUCCAAAAUAUGAUAAUGGUUAUAAAGUAUAUUGGGAAAACGGUGCACAAAUUGUAUCGCCUCGUGAUAAAGAAAUUCAAAAAAAUAUAUUGGAAAAUUUGAAACCAUCUGAAUCAUCGUGGCAUAUAUCCAAAGUAUAUGAGUCUCCUUUAUAUAAAGAUCCUCUAAAUGAUAUCAUGCUAUCUUAUUUUGAAAGUAUUAAAGAAAAUGUUCUAUAUCCUGAAGUAAAUAAAAAUACUAUUUUAAAAUUUACUUAUACUGCUAUGCAUGGUGUUGGAAAUGAUUACAUGACUGCAGCAUUUAAUGCUGUAAAUGUUAAGCCAUUUAUAGCCGUUGAAGAACAAAAAUUACCAGAUCCAGAAUUUCCAACAGUUAAAUUUCCAAAUCCAGAAGAAGGAAAGAGUGCUCUUGAUUUAAGUAUCAAAACUGCGAAUCAACAUUCAUCAUCUAUUAUUCUUGCUAAUGAUCCAGAUGCCGAUCGUCUUGCUUGUGCAACAAAAACUAAAACCGGAGAAUGGUAUAUAUUUAAUGGGAAUGAAUUGGGUGCAUUAUUGGCUUGGUGGAUGUUACAUAUAUACAAAGUACAAUAUCCAGAUGCUGAUAUUAGUAACGUUUAUAUGCUUUCAUCUACAGUUUCUAGUAAAAUUUUAGCUUCAAUGGCUAAAAAGGAAGGUUUCAAUUUUGAGGAAACUUUAACAGGAUUUAAAUGGAUGGGCAACAGAACCGUAGAAUUGAUAAAAGAUGGUAAAGAUGUUUUAUUUGCAUUUGAAGAAGCUAUUGGUUUUAUGUGUGGUUCUCUUGUACUGGAUAAAGAUGGUAUUAAUGCUGGUAUAUGUGUGGUUCAAAUGGCAACUUAUUUAGAAACUAUUGGGCUUUCUCUUUAUGAUAAAUUGGAAGAAAUAUACAACACGUAUGGAUGGCAUAUCUCACUAAUAUCUUAUUGGAUUUGUCACAAAUCAAACACAAUUAAAGCAAUAUUUGAACGUUUGAGAAACUACGAUGGAAAUCAAAAUACGUAUCCAACGAGCAUUCUUGAUGGAAAAUAUUCUAUAAUUGGUAUUCGUGAUUUAACAACAGGUUAUGAUAAUACUAAACCAGGGAAUAAAGCUAUUUUACCUAUUUCCAAAUCCAGUCAAAUGAUUACGUUUACAUUUGAUAAUGGUUUAGUUACUACCUUAAGAACUAGCGGUACAGAGCCUAAAAUUAAAUAUUACUGCGAAUUAUGUGCAUCUCCCAAAGAACAAGAUAUAAACAAAUUGAAAUGCACACUUAAUGAAAUGGUCUCUGCUAUUGUAGCAGAGUUUCUUCAACCUGAAUUUAAUGAACUAAUACCACGUGAUAUAUAGAUCUAAGUAAAAUUAUUAUGACAAUAUGAACUAUGACAAAUAAAAAAAAAAAAAAAAAA